AUUAACCUACUUACCUCCUUCACCAUUACAACCCUAUUUAUAUUAAUCAUGCCCAUUAUCCUAACCUGUACCCCAGCAUAUGAAAAUAAACUUUACCCGCAAUAUGUAAAAACCACAGUCUCUUAUGCCUUCACAAUUAGCAUAAUUCCCAUAGUAAUAUUCAUCCACUCCGGACAAGAAGCAAUCAUCUCAAACUGACACUGAAUAACCAUCCAAACCCUAAAACUCAGUCUAAGCUUCAAAUUAGAUUACUUUUCAAUAAUCUUCGUACCAGUGGCCCUAUUCGUCACAUGGUCAAUUAUAGAAUUCUCUAUAUGAUAUAUACACGCAGAUCCUAACAUUAACCGAUUCUUUAAAUAUCUACUUAUAUUCCUCGUCACGAUAAUAAUUCUAGUAACCGCAAAUAAUCUAUUUCAGCUAUUUAUCGGCUGAGAGGGAGUAGGAAUCAUAUCAUUUCUCCUCAUUGGAUGAUGAUAUGGACGAACAGAUGCUAAUACGGCUGCCCUACAAGCAGUACUAUACAACCGCAUUGGAGAUGUUGGUUUUAUCAUGGCCAUAGCUUGAUUCUUACUCAAUACAAAUGCAUGGGACUUCCAACAAAUCUUUAUAAUCGAGCAUAAAAACCUCAAUAUUCCACUGGCAGGACUACUUCUAGCAGCUACCGGAAAGUCUGCCCAAUUUGGACUUCACCCAUGACUCCCAUCAGCCAUAGAAGGCCCCACUCCUGUCUCAGCACUACUUCACUCUAGCACAAUAGUAGUAGCAGGCGUAUUUCUUCUAGUCCGAUUUCACCCCUUAAUAGAACAUAACAAGACAAUUCAAACGGUUACCCUAUGCUUAGGGGCAAUAACAACCUUGUUUACAGCAAUCUGCGCCCUUACCCAAAAUGAUAUCAAAAAAAUUAUUGCCUUCUCCACCUCGAGCCAACUAGGACUAAUAAUUGUAACAAUUGGUAUUAAUCAGCCUCAUCUGGCCUUUCUCCAUAUCUGCACGCACGCAUUCUUCAAGGCCAUGCUAUUUCUAUGCUCCGGAUCUAUUAUUCAUAGUCUAAACAACGAACAAGAUAUUCGAAAGAUAGGAGGGCUAUUUAAAAGUCUACCAUUUACCACUACUGCUCUAAUCAUCGGAACUCUAGCACUUACAGGAAUGCCCUUCUUAACAGGAUUUUACUCCAAAGACUUAAUUAUUGAAACCGCCAAUACGUCAUACACCAACGCCUGAGCCUUACUAACAACCCUUAUCGCCACAUCCAUAACUGCCGCCUACAGUACUCGAAUUGUAUUUUUUACACUUCUAGGACAACCUCGCUAUAGUCCCAUUAUCACCAUUAACGAGAAUAACCAGUUCCUGACUAACUCUGUCAAACGAUUGCUACUAGGAAGUAUCUUUGCGGGAUUCCUAAUCUCUCAUAACAUUACACCCACCACUGUCCCACAAAUAACCAUGCCCUGUCACCUAAAAAUGAUAGCCCUUACAGUAACAAUCCUAGGCUUUAUUCUAGCACUAGAACUUAACCUAGCCAUACAAAAUCUCAAAUUUGACUACCCUUUAAGCACGUUCAAAUUUUCAAAUCAACUAGGAUAUUUCCCUACUACUCUGCAUCGUCUCGCACCAAUAAUAGGUCUAUCAAUAAGCCAAAAAACAGCAUCCAUACUGCUAGAUGCAAUCUGACUAGAGAAUGUUCUACCAAAGUCCAUCUCCUACUUUCAAAUAAAAUCCUCAAUCACAGUCUCCAACCAAAAGGGACUAAUUAAACUAUACUUUCUCUCCUUUAUAAUUACACUAAUCUUAAGUCUCUUUAUACUUAAUUUCCACGAGUGACUUCCAUAA